UAUUGUCAUCAUCAACUCGGCUUGCAGCAUGGCUUGCAGGCAUCAUGGGAGACGUCUUCCCCGCGCCCGCCUUAGACGGUGUGAUCCGCGGCCAUCUGAUGUCGUAUCAAAAUAUAAUUAACUAAAUAUGUAUUAUUCCACCCAGUGUCAUACAAGUAACAACAUACAAGUGAAGUAGUGUUAUGUGUACAAGACUUGAGCCAGUAUCAGAUUAUAUGUGUGUGUAUAUUGUAUAUACUCAUUGAGAUGCCUAAGGUAUUGAAAGAUUCUCGGUAUGUGACGAGAAGGCAACGAAGACGUCAAAUUAAAGAAGAGUAUCGGAAACUCUGUAAUACCAAUGACAAUUCAUCGAUUCCUCGCCAUAUCCCAGCAACAGUUUGUACUUGUACAGAUACAAAGUCUAAUACAGCUGAGUUCAACAAUGGUGGCAUUACUGCAGACGUACAGCUUGAUCCAAUAGAUUCCAACAAUAUUGCCUUAAGUGAACCUAUUCACGAAAACCUCAAUGAUAAUGUCAACUUUAGUGACAGUAGUGGUGGUAGCUUGCCUCAAAAAUGCAAGCCGGACCCUAACAUUGAUAAAUCAGACUUACGGAAUGAUCUUCGAAACUGGGUUGUUAAUUGUUGCAUCAAUCAUAGCAAUGUUAAUGCUUUAUUGAAAAUUUUAGUUAAACAUGGACACGACGUACCUCUAGAUGCAAGAACUUUACUUCAAACUCCUCGAAAGCUGGAAAUUAUUGAUAUGAGUCCUGGGCAUUAUUAUCAUUUUGGUCUAGCGCAAGGUUUAGUAAGAAGUGUUGCCAAGUAUUAUUCAACUGAAAAUUGUCCGAAAGAAUUACAAAUCAACAUUAAUGUCGAUGGACUUCCCUUGACAAAAAGUUCAGGCAGCCAAUUUUGGCCUAUACUAGCAUCUAUCGAAACAGAUUUUUACACCGAACCCUUCAUCGUCGGUCUAUAUCAUGGUAAUGAGAAGCCUCAUGAUAGUAAUGAAUUUAUGAAGUACUUCACCGAAGAGUGUGAUAGGAUCAUUGAUGCAGGUUUGAGUAUAGGUAAUAAAACAGUUCCCAUUAAAAUUAAUGCAUUUGUUUCCGAUACACCUGCGAAAUGUUUCAUUACUGGAACCAAAGGGCAUAACGCUUAUUUUGGCUGUGGGAAAUGUGUGCAGGAAGGAGAAUUCAUUGAUAAUCGAGUGACAUACCCUGAGACAACAGCAAGAUUACGAACUAACGAAUCAUUUAGACUGAAAACCAAUGAAGAGCAUCACAAAAAAACAUCUAUCCUUGAAAACUUAUUUAUCGACAUGAUAUUAGAUUUUCCAAUAGAUUAUAUGCACUUGGUCUGUUUAGGUGUAAUGAAAAAACUGUUACAGUUUUGGAUCAAAGGAAACAAAGAUGUUAGAAUGACAAAUUUUCACCGUAAACGAGCGUCAGAUCUAUUACUAUCAUUAAAUAAAUCCAUAUCAAAGGAAUUUUCGAGAAAGGCAAGACCUUUGGAGGAAGUAGAUCGGUUCAAGGCUACUGAACUACGACAGUUGUUAUUAUAUACUGGACCAAUAGUAUUUCUCGAUAAUUUGCCGAGUGACAAAUACAAUCAUUUCCUAUGCUUGAGCGUUGCGAUUCGAAUUUUAGCGAGCCCUGAAUACCACAUAAAAUUGAACGAUUAUGCCAGACAACUGCUACAGUAUUUUGUUGAAUCUUUUCCAUUACUCUAUGGUCACCAGCAUGUGUCAUACAACGUGCAUAAUUUGAUACACCUUUGUAAUGAUGUAAAGUUGAAAGGGCCUCUAGAUAAAUUUAGUGCGUUUAAAUUUGAAAAUUAUAUGCAAAAAAUUAAAAAGUUAUUAAUAACAUCCAGCAAGCCUUUAGCACAACUUAUAAAACGUCAUCAAGAAGAAUGUAAAAUCAACGUCCAAUCUGAAAAAUUUGAAUAUCCAAUCAUAAAAUAUGCAAACAUUGAAGAGACCAGUAAUGGCAAAAAAAACAUUCAAUCUAUUCGGUAUCGUGAUUUUUUUAUAAGUACAAAAAUUCCUGACAAUUGCUGUUGCUUAAAAGAUGGUGCAAUUAUCGAAGUAUCGAGAAUUCAUCUCGAAAAUAAAAUAAUAUAUCUAACAGGUCAGAAAUUUUUAAACCCGAAAUCAUUCUUCAAAAUACCAUGUGAAUCUUCAAAAAUUGGAAUACAACUUGUUGAUAGACAGCAUCAACUUGUGAAAGUUUGCAUUUCCAACAUUAAAUUGAAAUGUCUAAAAUUCAAAUUAACCGAUAGUGAAAAUGUGGUCACUCCAUUGUUGCAUCAUUCAUAA